UCUGAAGUCCUUUCUUGAUGUAAUGGGUUAUGGUUUUAUGGUUAUAUAGUAUAUUAUUAUAUAGAUUCUAACCGGUUUCUGAAAUGUUUAAACAAAUUGCGGGAUUAUCUGCAUCAUGUAAAUCAUGUCAGAUUUUAUCGGGUACAUUGAAAAAAGCUGCCAUGGUAUAUCCUAAAGUGAUUCAAUGUCAGGAUAGUCAAGCAUUUAGUAGUAGCACCGCCACAAAAAAAUGGGAUUUAUACAGUGCUGUUUGCUUAGAACGUCAUCCAGUAAUAGUACAACCGAUGCAAGACAUGGAACAAAAAUUUUAUAAUUUAUUAAAGAGGAUUGAAUAUGAGAAUAGUUUCAAAAGUGAUCAUGAAUUAAGAGUGGAGAAAGAGGAAAAGCUAAAAAAUUCAAGUGAAGAUGUAGAAAAGAGAGACAUUUUAAUACAAACUGCACAGGACUUUGAAGAUAGUAGUCAAGAAGAAUUGAAUAAUUUUACAUUUGCGCCAAUAAUUACAAAAUUUGAUGAACAAAAUAUAACAUCAACUUUAAAAUGGAAAUUGGACAAAAAUCUACUUUUAUUAAUACAACAAAAAGUGGGUAAUACAUAUUAUUGGAUACCUCCUCAAGGUAUUCGAAAGGAAGGAGAGACCAUGAGACAAACUGCAGAAAGAGUAUUACAAGAUAUAUGUGGUACAGAAAUAAAAGCCAAGUUUUAUGGCAAUGCACCUAUUGGAUUUUAUAAAUACAAAUAUCCCAAGAAAUUUAAUGAGCAAGGAAUUUAUGGUGCUAAAAUAUUUUAUUUUUUAGCAAAAUAUAUAGAUGGAAAUGUUGUUAGUAAUGUAAAAUAUCAAUGGUUAGAUGAUACAGAAUUCAAAAAAGUUUUACCCCUUGGAAUGCAAAAAAGUAUCUCACAAUUUAUGUUGUUUACUUAAAUAAUAAUAUAAUAAAAUUAAAUUAAAGCAC